CUCAGACUAUCCUCAACAUGAGCAUGCUUACGAAUAUCCGGUAACAACUGGGUGCCGCAUGAGCCUCGUCAACGCAAUGUGUCUGGCUGAAAGUUAUGGAAUCACCAGUUUCGUCGGCUGGAGCCAGUCAACACCUGAAAGGGGGUAUACGCCCUUAAAUACCUUCACCACUGCUCACCACAACCAAGUUCGAUAUGGCUCUUCACCAGCUGCCCUUCGUUCCUCCUUCUUCGACUGCACUCACAGUAGAAGCAGCACCCGCAGCAUCUCGAAACCAUGAUCGCAACCUCGCAGCAAUGGGCCCUCUGGUCUUGCGCUCUGCUCCUUGUAUCCCCGACCGGAGCCUUCUUGCCCCCUAUCCACCCACGCCAACUUGAUCCCACCACCUUCAACUGGUCCGCCAUAACCCCAACGGCCGACCUCCGAUACCACCCGUGCUUCGACAGCUUCAAAUGCGCCCGCCUGCGCGUGCCGCUGGACUGGUCCGGCACCGCCCAAAAUCUCACCUCCGUCACCAGAAAGUGGCGCAGAGAUGAGGACGGGGGCGCGUACGCGGCCAUAGCCAUCACCGUCCUCCCAGCCGUGGUGCCGCCCACGGACCCGUCCUAUGCGGGGCCCAUCCUCAUCAACCCGGGCGGACCGGGCGGUGCGGGCACCGACAUGGCGCUGGCGUACGGGAAGGCCCUGCAGCAGCUCGUUGACACGCCGGGGGAGAGGCACUUUGAUAUCCUGGGCUUUGACCCGCGCGGCACGGGCAAGAGCACCCCCAGCGCCAUGUGUUAUCCCAGCGAGUUUGACAGGGCGAUUGGGGCGUUGCAGCUGGCGUCGUUCCCCUCGGUGAGCACGGAGAUCGGGUUGAUGACGCAGUUUGAGUAUCUUCGAGGGGAGGGGCAGUUGUGCAAGUCGAACGAGGGGAAUGGGGACAUCUUCCGGUAUAUGUCUACCGCGUCGGUCGCGAGGGAUAUGUUGGAGAUUGUGGAGAGGUCUGCUGUGUUGAAUGGUAAUGGGACGAGGGUUGGAAGGCGUUGCGCUGAGAAGCCAAGGCUGCAGUACAUUGGUUUCUCGUACGGCACGUUCCUAGGAAAUACCUUUGCGUCGAUGUUCCCUGAUAGGGUCGGGAGAAUGGUGGUGGAUGGAAUUGUCGACGCCGAUGACUACAUUGCUGGGAUCUUCUCUAAGAAUGCGGUCGAUGCUGAGAAAGCCAUUGAUGUUUUCUACCAGACCUGCUUCGACGCUGGCGAGCUCUGCCCACUUCGACAGACGCAAGAUGGAAGCGCAUCCGACAUCAGACAGCGCGUGGACAGCUUCCUCCGAUCGAUCGAGGAAUCUCCCAUCUCUGUUGUGCAAAACGGCGGCGUCAAUCUGAUAACAGCAUUCUUCGUCCGAGAGAUGAUCCGCACGGCCCUGUACAACCCCAUCCGGGUCUAUGAGACCCUGGCGAAAACUCUCGCCGGCAUCCUGGCAGGGAACUACACGGGACUAUUCAGCCCCAACACCCAAGAGGCCCUUUGCCAGCAGGUCCCCGAGACCUCGCCGCCUCAGACGUACACCUGGGCGAGAGAGGCCACGUCCGGCGUCAUCUGCGGCGAUUCGUACGCCUUGGCUGGCGAUCGUAAUGUCUCCUGGGCGCGCAGUCUGGCCGCGCGUGUCAUUGCGCAGUCCCCAACCACAAGCGAUGGAUGGCUGCGCGUUGCCUUGGGCUGCGCAGGAUGGGACAUUUCUCCUGACUACGUGUUCCACGGUCCCUUUGGCAGUCCGGCGCCGGGCAACAAAAGCGCGCCGGCCGCUCCAUUGCUGAUUCUUUCCACCGAGGUGGACCACGCAACGCCGCUGGAAAACGCUUUCACGCUCUCACGGUUUCACAAGGGAUCCUCGGUUGUGGUGCAGGAAGGGAUUGGGCACUGCGCCCUCCUGUCAUCGACGAGCAACUGCACGUCCGGCAUCGUCCGUGAAUACUUCCGUACCGGAACGGUACCUGCCAAUGGUACAUUUUGUGCGUCAGACUGUAGGCCGGAGAUUCCUUUCAAGGGGUGCCCAGGCCUUCCGGGCUCUGCCUAGGGAACCAGGAUGUUUUUUCCCAAGGGGUCCAGUUUCGGAACAUCUAGGACCCAGGGGUGGUAGUUUGAAGGGAUCGGGUUCUGGAAUCGCUUUCAAUUCUAAGCAUACAGACCACACUCAGCAGUGUGAAGCUGUGCCGUGGUUGGCGUAUGUCCUGUAUGUACUUUAAGAUAUAGAUUGAUGCCUGUGUCAUCCGAGUUAU